AUGACUAUCCCAACAACCAUCCGUUCUCUUUUAUCGCUACUGCGAUCGAUUCUCCUUCGUUCAGACGGCGGCGACGCCAAGAUAUCUAAGCACAGCCAAGCACUUUUUGAAACUACCAAGCGACUCCUCGCCGAAGUCGUCAACGAAGGUCUGGUGGAUGCUACCAUCGGGGGGUCGAAAAACAACCCAUAUCUGUAUCUGCACAGGCGUUCGCCCGCUAUGGAGAAUGAUCGCAAAUGGUUAAAAGUCGGUCUUCAGCCGGGUAUCAUGUUAGAGACCAGAGAUGGAAAGGUUACGGCUGUCGUGCGGCCAGAUAGCUUGCAGCAGCCUGUGGUGAUCAGUAAUGGCAGUGGAGAAGAGGAAGAGCUAGACCCGGGUAUAUUAUUCCAGUUCUUGAGCCCGUGGUUAGUCGAAGAUGCCGAUGAGGAUAUCUUGAACGAAAUCGCCCUUGAAUUGGGCAACUCAGCGCGGAAUCAAGGUAAGCCAUACAUCCCUGUACGUGAAUCACUGGAUACAUGCUAA